AACUGCGUUCCAAUAUUCAGUACCUGCCACUCCCAACUCUAUAUAGCGGCCUUCUAUCUCCUAAAUCCUUCCCCUUUUUCCCACUCCUUAAGCAAGAGCAAGAAGGAAGGCUUGCCCUGCGAUUUACCGCCAUUCCUGAUGGGAGAAGCACAGCAGGAGGAGAAGAAGGCUGAGGCACCACAGCCGGAAGCGCCACAGCCGGAGGCUAAAGCUGAAGAGAAGAAAGAAGAGAAAGCUGAAGAAAAGAAGGAAGAAGAGCAGAAAUCGGAAGAAAAGAAGGAAGAUGAGAAGAAAGAAGAGGAAAAGCCUCCUGCUCCCGUGGUCCUGUUCGUCGACAUGCAUUGCAUUGGCUGUGCCAAAAAGGUGGAGAGGACCCUCCUCAAAGUCAGAGGCGUGGAAGAUGUUAAGAUAGACAUGGUAGCAAACCAGGUCACAGUGAAGGGCAUGGUAGAUCCUCAAGCACUCUGCACCAGAAUACAGAGGAAGACCAAAAGAAGAGCCAGUGUCAUAUCUCCGAUAAUACCGACAAAGGAAGGGGAGGACGCCAAAUCUGAGGUGGUAAAUGCACAGGCCAGCGGGAUGAGCACCGUGGUGCUCAACGUAAACAUGCACUGCGAGGCUUGUGCUCUUCAACUUCAGAAAAAGAUCCUGCAAAUGAGGGGAGUGCAAGCUGCAGAGACAGAUCUCGCCAGCAGCAAGGUAACCGUGACAGGAACUAUGGACGCCAACAAGCUUGUUGAGUACGUGUAUAGACGCACAAGAAAGCAGGCCAACAUCGUGCCACCGCCUAAAACAGAGGAAGAAAAGAAGGAAGAGCCGGCAGCGGAGGCACCAAAGGCCGAAGAAAAGAAGGAAGAGAAGGCAGAAGCAGCAGAAGAGAAGAAGGAGGAAGAGAAGAAAGAGGAAGAGAAGAAGGAAGAGGAAGGGAAGAAGGAAGAAGAAGGCAAGGGCGAGGAGGAAGGCAAGCUGCAGGUUUUACAAGAGGAGGACGCCAUGAAGAAGAUGGUUUUCUAUCCGCCCAUCUACGUGAUCGAACGGGUGUACGCUCCCCAGAUCUUCAGCGACGAGAAUCCCAAUGCAUGCUGCAUCUCGUAGAGAAUUUUCAUCGUAAACAAGAGAAGAAAAAAAAAAGAAUGCAAGAGAAUUUUAUGUGGCAUGGACCAUGCUGGCAUGCUUGUACGCAUGCACUGUCAGCGUAUCAUAUCCCACCAUCACAUCAUAUCACAUUCCAUGUUAUUAUAUUAUUGUCAAAUAACCAAAAAAAUACAAAAAAAAAAGAAAAAGAAAAAUGAAUGUGAUGCGAAUGAUGGUGAAUAUUGUAAGUAAGAGUUACAUGAGUAUUUACUGUACCCGCCUUGUCCCUUGUUUA